GGGGGCGAAGUGACCAGGCGGUGGCGGCGUCUCUGCCGAGGUGACAAUGUGCUAGGAGCCCUCGCUCGGUCUCCUGCGCCUCCUCGGCCUCGGCGCCCGCUCUCGCGGAGCCCCUCCAGCCAGCCGCUGCGCUAUGAGGGCGCCUCUUCGGGGCUGGCCGAGGCCGGAGCCGGCUCGCUCUGCUCGCGGGGAAGUGUGAAGAGAGAGGCGCGGGCGGGAAGCGGGGCUGCGCGCGGCGCUCGCGGGCCGGCGCGUGUUCCAGGUGAGCGCGGGCUCCGCGCGCCCCGCACUCGGCGCGGCCGUCUGGCGCCUGCCGGUCUGGGUCGGAGGCUGAAUUCCGUGCGUGGACCGCCGUUCCCUCUUCGCGGGAUCCCUGGCCACGGUAGCAGAUGCAUUUUGUAGGAGUAUUUUGAGGAUGAAUGUUUGCAAAUCAUUUUGAAAUUACCAAGUGCCACAUACAUGGGGUGCAUCCUGCUUUUAUCCUGGAGUUCACCCCUGUGGCUUGGAUUUAUCACAGUUGUAUCUGUCUUCGAUCUCUGUGUUAACUAGAAAUCAAGGAAAGACAUGAGGAGGUUUGUUUACUGCAAGGUGGUUCUAGCCACUUCACUGAUGUGGGUUCUUGUUGAUGUCUUCUUACUCCUGUACUUCAGUGAAUGUAACAAAUGUGAUGACAAGAAGGAGAGGUCCCUGCUACCUGCCCUGAGGGCUGUUAUUUCAAGAAACCAAGAAGGGCCAGGAGAAAUGGGAAAGGCUGUGCUGAUUCCUAAAGAUGACCAGGAGAAAAUGAAAGAACUGUUUAAAAUCAAUCAGUUUAACCUUAUGGCCAGCGAUUUGAUUGCCCUUAACAGAAGUUUGCCGGAUGUAAGAUUAGAAGGAUGCAAGACAAAGGUCUACCCUGAUGAACUUCCAAACACAAGUGUAGUCAUUGUAUUUCAUAAUGAAGCUUGGAGCACUCUCCUUAGAACUGUUUACAGUGUUAUAAAUCGUUCUCCACACUAUCUACUCUCUGAGGUCAUCUUGGUAGAUGAUGCCAGUGAAAGAGAUUUUCUCAAGUUGACAUUAGAUAAUUAUGUGAAAAAUUUAGAAGUGCCGGUGAAAAUUAUUAGAAUGGAAGAGCGCUCUGGGUUAAUACGUGCCCGCCUUCGAGGAGCAGCUGCUUCAAAAGGACAGGUCAUAACUUUUCUCGAUGCACACUGUGAAUGCACGUUAGGAUGGUUGGAGCCCUUGCUGGCAAGAAUAAAGGAAGACAGGAAAACAGUUGUAUGCCCCAUCAUUGAUGUGAUUAGUGAUGAUACCUUUGAAUAUAUGGCCGGGUCAGACAUGACUUAUGGGGGUUUUAACUGGAAACUGAAUUUCCGUUGGUAUCCUGUUCCCCAAAGAGAAAUGGAUAGAAGGAAAGGAGACAGAACAUUACCUGUUAGGACCCCUACUAUGGCUGGUGGCCUAUUUUCUAUUGACAGAAACUACUUUGAAGAGAUAGGAACUUACGAUGCAGGAAUGGAUAUCUGGGGUGGAGAGAAUCUUGAAAUGUCUUUUAGGAUUUGGCAAUGUGGAGGCUCAUUGGAGAUUGUGACUUGCUCCCACGUGGGUCACGUUUUUCGGAAGGCAACUCCAUACACUUUCCCUGGUGGCACUGGUCAUGUCAUCAACAAGAACAACAGGAGACUGGCAGAAGUUUGGAUGGAUGAAUUUAAAGAUUUCUUUUAUAUCAUAUCCCCAGGUGUUGUCAAAGUGGAUUAUGGAGAUGUGUCAGUCAGAAGAACACUAAGAGAAAAUCUGAAGUGUAAGCCCUUUUCUUGGUACCUUGAAAACAUCUAUCCGGACUCCCAGAUCCCAAGACGUUAUUACUCACUUGGCGAGAUAAGAAAUGUUGAAACAAAUCAAUGUUUAGACAACAUGGGCCGCAAGGAAAAUGAAAAAGUGGGUAUAUUCAACUGUCAUGGUAUGGGAGGAAAUCAGGUAUUUUCUUAUACUGCUGACAAAGAAAUCAGAACCGAUGACUUGUGCUUGGAUGUGUCUAGACUCAACGGACCUGUAAUCAUGUUAAAAUGCCACCACAUGAGAGGAAAUCAGUUAUGGGAGUAUGAUGCUGAGAGACUCACCUUGAGACAUGUUAACAGUAAUCAAUGUCUAGAUGAACCUUCUGAAGACGAUAAAAUGGUGCCUACCAUGCAGGACUGUAGUGGAAGCAGAUCUCAACAAUGGCUGCUAAGGAACAUGACUCUGGGGGCAUGAAGACCAUUUCCCCUAAGCCAUGAAAGUGUCUACACUUAUGCUUUUCCAUUAUUUCAAUUAGGAAAAAAUAUUAACUUUGUUGAAUUGAAAGUUUUAAAAUCCUUUUAGUAUUCUAAAACACAGUUGUUUAUAAUUCAUUUUUAGGAAUGUUUGCUUAUUUCCCUACUAAAAUUUGUAUCUGAUUAAAAAGCACAUAGAAUAAAUAACAGCAAACUGUUAUUAAACAUCAGAACAACUUGAAAAACGAAUUGUGUUUCCUUUUAAAAAAAAAUUAUUGCCAUCAUGUCACAGGAUUAGUUUGGGGGGGGGGGCUAUUUUUAUUUUUUUCUUAUAAUGUGGAAAAAGGGACAAUGUAAAUGCCUUAUAACUUCAUUAUGAAAUGUUAUAAAUUGUUUUAUAAACUCUGUUUCUACUGGACCUUCAUGGAAACAUGUUGAAUUUCUAUGUCAACAGCAAGGCCAUUACAUUGAAUUACUUCUAAGCAAUGAAUUUGUUGCUCAAAAAUCAGUUCCAAAUUUUGUACCAGGAAAAAACUUAAAUUGGAUAUUGACAUCUAAUAGAGUUCUUAUAAAAACAUCACAUUUAAACAAAAAAGUGGAGGAGAAUUUGAAAAUUCAAUUUAAAGUACAUGAAAUCAGAAGAAACUAGCUAGUCAUUGAGGGGAGCAAAAUGAAGCUAAAAAACAAUUGAAACAUUUUAAAAAGAUAUUCUGUUUGGGUUGCAAUCACUUCUAACACAGGCUGAGUGUAACAAUCAGCUUGGUCCUAGAAUUGAUGUGGGAAACUCAAUUUUUAACCACGUUGUCUCAUAAACUAUACAGUUGUUUUUCUCUUCACUCUAGAGACUGGGACUUGUCACUUAGGCUACACAGAAUUGUAGGUGAAAGGUAGAGUAUUAGCCCUAAUUUUUAAUUCUUUGGCAUUUAGGAUUUUAGUUAAGUCACUGUGACUACUUUAUUUUUAUAUUUAAAUAAAAUAAUGCAUUACUAUCAGAAUUUCAUUGCUAUGCCAGAAUAUCUAAAGUUUUCAUCACUGGGGGAAUGAACUCAAUAUAUAUCCAUUAAACAUUUAUUUUACCUGAAAUGCUAGAUAUCAUUUGCCAUAAAUUAUGACUCAAGGAACACAGUCAUAAUUAGGCUACCUUCACAUGUUCUUUUUCCAUCUUAAAACACUUUGUAUUCAAACUACGUAAGUAGAAAACAUGAAAAAAAAAGAAAAAUCUGUGACACCAUUUAAAAUGCCCAUAAACUUGCUCUACAUAUGUAUUUUAUUCAUUGUAAAUGCACUCAGCAGC